ACGCUGGAGCCAUGAAUCAAACCCGGUCAUGUGACGGAGGGGAGGUGCUGGGCUGGCUCGCAGCCAGUGGCAGGAGCUGAUGGGUGGAACGAACGGGGCAUAAAAAGACUAACAUGACUAACGGGUCCUGGAUGCGUGCUGCCUUCCUUUGGAUCCACGGGAAUGUGGGCUCUGGCAGUUCUGCAGCUCCACCGGCCUCUUGCCUGACACUGCAACUGCUGCUCACAAAGUAGAACCCUGCUGCUCUUUGGUAGGAAGGAUAGAGAAAGAACAUGGCCUGCAUUUUGAAGAGAAAGUCCAUUGUUGCCGUGAGUUUCAUUGCAGCAUUCCUCUGUCUGAUCAUCGUUCGUCUCACAAAUGAAGUAACUUUCCCUUUGAUCCUAAACUGCUUUGGACAAACCAGAGUCAAGUGGAUCCCAUUUUCUAAUGGCCAAAGGCAGCCUCUGAAAACUCAUUAUGGAUACAUAAAUGUAAAAACACAAGAGCCUCUACACCUUGACUGUGACCUCUGUGCCAUUGUUUCAAACUCGGGACAGAUGGCUGGCCAGAGGGUGGGCACUGAGAUAGACAAGUCCUCCUGCAUCUGGAGGAUGAACAAUGCUCCCACAAAGGGCUAUGAGGAAGAUGUUGGGAAGAGGACAACCGUAAGAGUGGUCUCUCACACAAGUGUGCCUCUCCUGCUCAAGAAUCCCAAGUACUUUUUCAAAGAAACCAACAGCACCGUUUACGUGAUCUGGGGUCCUUUUCGGAACAUGAGGAGGGAUGGAAAUGGCAUUGUGUACAACAUGCUGAAGAAAACUGUUGACAGCUACCCAACUGCCAAAAUCUACGUGACCACGGAGAAGCGCAUGAGUUACUGCGAUGCGGUGUUCAAGAGGGAGACGGGAAAGGACCGAGUCCAGUCAGGUUCAUAUCUCAGCACAGGUUGGUUCACCUUAAUUUUGGCUAUGGAUGCCUGCUAUGGAAUUCACGUCUAUGGGAUGAUAAAUGACACCUACUGCAAGUCAGAAGGCUUUCGCAAAGUUCCCUACCACUAUUACGAGCCAGGAAGAGACGAGUGUGAGGAAUACUUUCUCCAUGAAAAUGCUCCAUAUGGAGGCCACAGGUUUAUCACAGAAAAGAAAGUAUUUGCUAAGUGGGCCAAGAAGCACACAAUAAUAUUUACACAUCCCAACUGGACAGUGUCUUGAUACUGGUUUACUUAACUCUCCCUUAACAGCAUAUUACAGAAAUGUCUCAGUUUACAAUAGUUUUGCUUACAUCUGGCUGGCCUUUCUCAGCCUAGGUAACACUAAACUAAAAACCAGAAGACAAAGAGGGUGGUGGUUCAGCUGUUAAGCAAAAUUAAUCUGUGGAAGGCAGACACGUUGUUUGUUAUUUCUUAGGGUUUUAAUCCACACUAUGCACUUUAUACUUUAACUGGAUUUUACUUCAAGGCAGGAGCAGUUAAAGACAGAUGAGAUUUCCUGUAUAUACAGGUGCACACAGAGAGCAUGGUGGUCCUUUGAAAAUUGUCCAUCAUCUCAGAUAUUUAAAAUUAUUAUUUGUAGCUCAUUUGCUGUACUAAAGCGCUAGUUCCAUUUGUGGUAUCAGUAGAAAUUUUCAACAAGAGAAAUGUGAGGAAAAAUACAGACCUCCAAGGUCCAGGAGGAAGUAAAUAAAAAAAAAACAACACCUGAAUAUAUUGAUACACAGUCUAUUGUGAGCACUUGCAUAUAUGGUAAAAUUAGAGAUGAGCUAAGCAUGGUUCUUGAACUGUACGCAACUGUUGAAUGAAAAGAUAUUACCUACUCAAGGCUCCUGAUUAAUUCAUAACUUCUGAAAUGCAGCUUCCUUCCACCUUAGUCAGUCUGCACCAUCUGGGAUGAUGUAGUUUGUGCUUUUUGAAGCUGUUGUCCCACACUUCAGCUCCAGCAGAAUGGCACUUGGCAAAGAUUGUGUUUUGCAGCCCAUGAUGAACCUUUGGCUGUUGUACCAAGCCUGCUGUCAGUACCCAAGCUGGUGAGUGCAAAGUUGUUUCAUUAAUAUCUCCAUUUACUCCAGUUGUGCAUUUGACUUGCUCCAACAUCCAAAUAACAGUAUUUUGACAGUACUUCCCAUGCAGCCAUCAUAAUUUAUUUUAGAUCUCCAGUUUCUCCAUCUUUAAAAACAAGGAUAGUGUCUAUCUGCCUCACGAGAGAGUUGUGAGGACUAAUUUAAUUUAAUUUAAAGCACUUUCCUGAUGCAGAAUGCUCCAGAUCAUUUAUUCUUAACACAAAAACAAUGGUACCUGUCAUUUAUUCUUGUCUGUUGGGUAUUUGAAGAAAGUGACAACGUGUCUGGCUCUGAUGGCAAAUUGUUCUGUGUAUCCGCUUUCCUACUGAGGAUAAUUUGUAAUAUUGAGUUCUAUCAGCUUGCAUUUCUUCAGAUGAAGUUGAAAGAACUCCCCAUCUCACAGUAUUAUCUGCACAUUAAAAGGCAGUUCAAGAAUCUUAAAAUAUACUCAUCUCUAGUUUAAGUAUGUAUUUCCAAGCUUACUGUCAUGGAAAGUUUUCAACUGCAGCAGACUCAUUUGUAUUAUGACCAUAAUUCAAAUACGUGUGUGAGUUUUAUUUAAACUGUAUUUAAACUAAUGCUUUAAUUUUAGAAUGUGUCCUAUGAAUAUUUUAACAUCGAGAAUGUCAGAUUCAACACUGUAAUAGCCAAUACUGUGAACACUUGAAGGAAUUAUGUGUGGAACAUGUCACACAGGGUUUACUCACACUACUUAAAACAUUAACCAACAGGAAACUUUCUAUGCUUUUGUAAAUCAAGAAAAGGGGAAAGUAAAAAACUAUUUUUACAUGUAAGUAUUUGUAUACUGACUAUUUCCUAUUGUAUAUUUGUAUAUAUAAAUCUAUAUUUUGUAUGUUCAUUGCAUAUAUAUUCUCUCAUCAACUGUUGCAACUCAUAGGAUGGGGAGGAAAUCAGUAUUCCUCCUCCUGAUCAUUGGUUUCUUGUUCCUGUUGGUAGGUGAUUCCAGGGUAUCAUCUGUGUUUCUCCUUCUAUUUUCUACCAUAAAUGCACUCUCUGAUUUUAUUUUUUUAUAUAGUUCAGCUUUCACUGCUUUCUUUAGUACUCUAAGUAUUCAUUCUGGUUGUCAGACAAAGGCUGGGGCCAUGCUUAUGAUCUUGGAUAAACAUCUAUAUUCAAACACAGGCUUUGUCCCAGGUUUCUGGCAUGACUUUAAGUCUCACCUUCCUGUUUAGAAAAGAAGAACAAUAGUAUUUUCCUACUCCCUUUCUUGACUGACUUUCUUGAGAUGUGGAGAUGAGUAUUCCCAUUUUCAACUUAUUUGUAUAACACUUUGAAGAAAAGGUGCCCUAAGUGUCUGAAGCUUACAGGCAAUGCUGUGACAUACAAGUCAUUAGAAGUGACCGUUUCUUGUCCCGGGAGUUUAAAUCAGUUGUAUGCUGAUACAACAUGGGAUGAAAUCAAAAGGGGAAAAAGGGUCAUGGUUGGAAGAAGAGCUGUAGUAGAAAAACCAGAUUUAUCACCAUGCAUCUGUUGAGUUCACAUAGGUGUCUGGAUAUAUGGAAAGGUAAUAAAAAAUUGUAAGGCAGAAUUUGAAAAAUUCAGGACACGCAGAAUUAGGAAGAAUGUUCCAGACAUAUUUUACAGGGCAGCCUGGGAAAUCCAGUCAUUCCCUUCAGGGAAGAACAUCAGCCAAUUGAACCUGUAUUUUGAAGGUUUCUGGGUUAACAGAAAACUGCUAUGAAAGUGCUGCACAUGGAAUUUGUUUGGACUGGACAGAGUUCCAUGGAAGUGUCCUCAUGAAGCAGUGUUUGUCCCCCUGGGUGUUUCUCGCCAGUGAGCAUAAGGAUUCUUCUGCCUGAGUUUGUUCACCUGGUUUCUAAGCAUGAGAAAGUUUUUUAAGAUGAUUAAUCCUUGCCAUAAAUGUUUUGUAAAAUAUGUGCUUCAUUCUGAAGCUCUUUGAAGAAUGCUUGCAUGCUGCAUGAAACAUUAUCACAAAGGAUAGCCAAGAAAAAUACAGCUCUAAGAACAUCUAAAUGUACACAAACUGAGAACACGAUUAGAGUUUGGGUGUCACAGAGCAAAGUAAAGGUGUUACUCUCUGCCUGGAUUUGCACUUAGAGCAGAUCCACUUUAGAAACAUUGCAGCAGGCUUCAUUCAUACUAGAAAAAGUGAAAAAGUGAACAUCAGUUCCCUUCUCUAAAUGAGCCUGUCUUUAGCAUAAGUUAAAUGCAUAUUUACAUUAUUGUAGGAGUAAGUAACGGUGACCACUGUGUUAAACAUGAUUCUACAAAGAAAUUACUUGGUUGAAAUCUGUUAAAAACCAGCUGUGGUACUAAAGAAAGAAUAUCAGUACUUGGAUGUGUAAGGAAUCUUGGUGGUUCACCUUCUGAGAGCAGUUAAGAAAUCAGCUGAGAAACACUUAUUAAUUCUUUAAGAUAAAACUACUACAGUUUACCUGAAUGUAAUCAUAUCCUAAUUGCUUAUUCAUUCAAGCAGUCCUCUUUUAAUCAACUACUCAUGAGUAUAAAACAAGCAGGGAGUUUACCUGAGGAUUUCAAAAUGCAUUUUCAUGUUGCUGCUAAGAGAGGAAUACUCAAAAAUAGUUUGGCCUCUUUUCUUUUUUGCCAUCAGUGAGCUGAGUAGUCAUCAAAAGUUUCUUCUAAAAUGUAGGGGGGAUUUAAAUACACUUUUUUUAAAAAGAGGGGAAGACAUAAAAAAGGCAUAAAUGGCUUGGUUUAAAUAAACAUUUAAAUGUAAAUAUACUUUAUAUUUUAUGUUGCAUUACCUUCUGAGUUUUGUUUUCAGAGUAGAGAGUUCUAAAUAGGAGCAGAAAAUUUCAUUUAAAUUAUCUUUUUGACUGGCUAAUUACUAUUCAUAGAUAAUUGACUGAAUAAAAUAGUGUUGCUUUUUCUUUCCAAACUGACAUAACAGGCAUCAUCCCAACCUUUUCAUCCCUAUUAAAUGUCCAGAUCACAGCCUUCUGCUUAUACCAAGGCCUCUUCUCAGAAAGAAAAAAAUUAGUUUAUAUAUCCAGCCAAAUUCCCUUUCCAUCUGGGCUGGGAGGCUCCAUCUGCAGACUGCUCCUAUCAGUUACAUCAGUAAAUGGGGAGGACUUAUGGAGAGCUCUACUAGGGAGCAGAUGGUGUUCCAACUUCUAAAAAAUGCCCCUAAAGUGCUUUGGGCAAGGAGUACCCAUUGAUCUCUCUUGGAAAUACUUUACUAAAGUGUUCAGUUUCUUCAAUGCCUUUAGCUCCUGUGUAGAAUAAUUGUCCUACUCUCUUGAGUAGGAAUUAUCAGCAGUGGGAAAGCCAUGCCCUUUAGAGGAAAAAAUGGAGGCAAAUUCUGUGUUGUUAAAUAUUUGCACAUAAACACCACCAGGGAUGAAGAAGUCAGCCUGGCACAAGUUAUCUGAACACUCACUGAUUUAGGAAUCUCUCAGGACUCUCUUCAAAACUAAUGGAAGUGGCUUUGGCAAGUUCAUGAAUACAGCACCUACCCCAGUAAAAUCCUUGCACUCCUGGGUAAGCAGUGUUUUGUCUGGGAAGUACCAAAGCAAAAAAUGCUUUGCAGAAUUAAUAAAGAGAAGCUCAUCCACCUCUUGGAGGGCUGAUGCUGAUGGUCUUCCAUUAUUCACCUGCUAGUGGGCUGGACUGAAGUAGGACCCCACACAAAGAUAGCUGGCAGCAGAGCACAGAUGCUCAACCAGAAGACAUAUCCAGGUAAGUAAGAAUUAAGUAAUCCCUGGUGAAUUUUACCUGGAUGAUGCUCUUAAUGAGCAGAAAAUCAGAAACAUGUUACAUAUUGUUGCUUCGAAUUUGCUGUAUUUUUUUCUGCAUGUAUGUCAGAAAUAGUGUGUCUUUAGUUGUGCUGGAGCAAGCCUGGGGUGUGUUCAUGGAGAACCUUAGGGUACCCACAAGAGUGAGCCUUGGUGCUCACACAGGGCUGUCUUCCGUGGGCAUUGUGAUAUGCUGUGAGCAGCAGUCAUAUAUUUACUUUAAAAAGUCCUGGUUUUCCUGACUGUAUUUAGUUCCUUUGGGGAGGAAACAUUUCAUUUUCAACAGAUGUGUUUCAUUCUGUUCCCUUUUUCCUGUGAGAGGAUGCACAGGAAUGAAACUUAACCAUAGAGGAGUGAAGCCAGCUACCAGAUUGAUUUAUAUUCUUGUGGCCAUUGCUGUGAUGUGUGUAGCUAAAGUCAUACGGAAGGGGGAAGCUUUUUGUAAACCUGGUCUGGUAUAAUCUACAGAAGAUUAUGUGUCUGUUCUGGAUUAGAGACUCCUAGGCAAGCCCUCUAAAAGGGGCUGAAGGAGAAAGAAAAGGUCUCUCUCCAUUGAAAGACAGGACUUCUGUGGAAGCCAUGCUAACGUGUGUGGGCUGCUCCCCCAGCUUUUGUAGGUCCCCACCCAGCUGCAGCUUUGGGCCCUUUCCAGCCCCAGUGGAGAAGAAUUCUCCAUCUGACCUAGGCAGCCUGAGAUCCACUCCAAGCCUGCCCAUCCUCCCCUUCUGUGGAGCAGCCAAGUGCUGGAUGCGCCCUGGGGCUGCAGAGACAGGCAGGGACACACUCCCCAGGCAGCAGCGGGAUUUGCCUGGGGCAGUCUCACCUCAGGUGCUGAACUCAGUUUCCUGGAAUAAGAUAGGAAAGAUAUCACUGGUAACAGUAACACAAAGAGUUACUGUUUCAUGAGUGUCUUAAACAGCUGAUUUCAUGUCUUUUUUUGCAUUGCUUGCUGCUAUUUCUGGGAAUUCCUCAAAAUAUGUAGCUGUCAACAUCUGCCACUGCUAUUCUAAUUUACUGGAAAGAGACUGUAAACUUGAACUGAUGCAUGUUCUUACCAUGUAUUAUGCAUGAUAACAUGUUACACAUUUUAUUCUCCACUAUAAUAAAUAAUGUAAGUUUUGUGUGAACUCAGUUCAAGCAGCAGAAGUAGUACUUUUUCUUUUCCUCAUAUCAUGUGUUGCCCAGAGCACUUUGCUGGAGCUCUGUAAAUGCCAUUAUCAGCUGGCAGCAAAUAAACCGUUGAAACCAGUCAGGAAAUAAUUACUAAAUUUGACAUUUUUCACUGAAAUAUCAGAAAUAGUUCAGCUUGCUUUAGUGAACCUACUCUGGCACUCAGAAUCACAAUUCUAUGUUCUAUUCUAAGGAAAUCUCACAUCCUGAGUGUAACUUGGGAAUGACUUUUUUGACACAGAUGUUGUUAAGAGGUUAGGAGGGCAGUGAUCCCAGAGUUUUUUUUCAAUUUACAGGAGUAUCUUUUUAAUGGGAAUUGAACAUGUAGAAGAUUGGCUAAGAUGCCUGCAGAGUUUCUAAUAGUUUUGCUACUGAAAAUAAUAUUUCUGAAGAUGGUUGAAGGAAAAUCAAAUUGUGUGCUCACUGCUCUUUUGGCUGAUCACCUGCACUCCCUCAUACACAGACCCUGCAAACACAUUGAGUGUCUGCAAACACAGUGGGUCUCUGUAGGGGAGGUCCCUUUUUUGUCAGGUAGGGACAAGUAAGAACAACUAAGACUAAUCUACAUGGUAAAUACAGCUUAUAGUACUUGUUGAUUAAUGUUUGUUCUGUGUAUUUCCAAAGCCUGUGUCUGUGUUAGCAAAGAAUUAUCUUAGCUGGAUGGGAUCUGUAGCCUGAAGCUGUUGGUGCUAAGGACUUGAUCUCCACACUUAUCUCUAGUUUGAUCCCAGGGGCUGAAUGCCACUAGUGAUUGGAGCACAUCCUUUGCUUCCAUCCAGAAGGAAUCUGGUGCAAAUGCUCAGGAACUCUCCAUCAUGCAAACUAAAGCUCAUUAAGUGAGGCCACUGUACUGCACUGUCCCACAGGAAAGUGGAAUUCCUGCUAGACCAUCCUAUAACUCAGGCUUUGCAAGGGUAUUUUUUUCCAUGGGUAUUUUUCUUUCAAAUUUGACAUCUGAUUCCUCCUGUCAGACCAUGGGAAUCAAGGGCUCCUGAUUCUUCCUAAAUUUACCAUCCAAAUGUGCUCCAUAAAUCAGGAUAUAGGACAAAGUGAUCCAAUAUGGGUACAGCAUGGUAAGUGCUUUGUUUGAUGAAGAGUUAAUGUGAUUCUGCUCGUGGAUGUAAUUUUAUCCUGAACAUGCCGGGUGCUUGCUAAUGCAUGCAUUGUUUUUAUAUACUGCAAGACGCAUAAAAAUUCCCUUAAUCAUUUUCCCAGGGUAAUUUUGUUCUUGUGGCCUUCCAGUUGUAUCUGUAUAUGUGUGCAUACAUGCAUUUAUAUACAGUGUGCAAGCAUUCUUCUGUUCUUAGAAAGUUGCUACUAUGUGCUGCUAACAUAAACUUUUUUAGGUGGUUCAUGUUACACAAUUUGUUACUUGUAUUCUUUGGUUGCCUUUUGUAAUGCUGACAAGUGUAUUGAUAGCAGAUACCACUGUAGACUAAGAAAAACUUUCAUACCAUUUAUACUUAACUUUGUAUGUUUUGCCAUGUGUUUUUUGCUAUAUGUUACUUAAUUUUUGCUCCCAUUUGGAGAAUGUGCUUCUGUGUAUUUGCAAAAUUGUGCCUGGAUUAUUUUAAAACGUAAAUAAAUGUAUACAAUUUUCCAA